UCCUGAGAUUAACAGCAGCUGGAGAGAGAGGGAGAGGACAAUUCGGAAUCUGGGAAUAAUAGAGUGGAUGGCUACAGCAAUGGGCAGGAGUUUCCAUGAUAUGAUUGAGUAUCUUUUGGCAAAUUAUGAUCGGAUGCCAUUAGGUGCUCGGAUUCAGAUACUAAUUCUGACUAUUCAGCACAUUUACUAUCCCAUCCUGGCUAUUAUUGGUGUCCCUGUCAAUUUACUGACAAUUGUGAUAUUGUCUCAGAGAAAGUGUGGACUCUCCAAAUGUGUUACUCGCUACCUGAUGGCCAUGGCGGUGAUGGAUCUAUUGGUUCUAAUCUUCGACCUGAUAUUGAGGCAUAUUCCAGUUGUUUUUUGGGAAGGGUUUCUUUUCCUGUAUUCUGUCCCUGUUUGUAAUAUCCAUGCUGUCCUGCUUUUUGCAGCCACUGACUGUUCAGUCUGGUUCACUGUCACUUUCACCUUUGAUCGAUUUGUGGCCAUUUGUUGCCAGAAGCUGAAAACUAAAUAUUGUACAGAGAGAAUGGCAGCUCUGGUUCUGGGAACAGUGACAGUUUUGAGCUUUUCAAAGAAUGUUUUCUGGUAUUUUAUGCUGACAGGCUGGUAUGUGUUGGUGAAUGAACCCUGGUUUUGUCGAAUUACACUGGAGGCUCAGAAAUCGGAAGCUUGGGGAGCAAUUGAGUUCCUUCACUACAUUCUCACCCCGGGAAUUCCAUUUAUUCUGAUCAUGCUGCUGAAUGCUUUGACUAUCAGACACAUUUUAAUGACCAGCAGAGCCCGCAGCAGACUCCGAGCUCACAGAAGUGGGGAGAGUCCCAGAGACACAGAGAUGGAAAGUCGAAGGAAAUCCAUCAUUUUACUUUUUGUUAUAUCUGGAAAUUUCAUCCUGCUGUGGGCAGUGUUCAUGGUGAGCUCAAUAUGGGCACGCAUGAUGAACAUUGACAAUGCAACUCCGUACAUACACAUCACUGUCAGAGACAUUGGACUCUUGCUCCAGCUCCUGAGUUGCUCCGCAUGUUGCAGUCCUUCAUAUCUGCUGAUGCUCUUCUGGGUCUCGUACAGACAGAGUCUUGGUGAGUUUGUCUCACCAAGGGAUAUUGUAGAUGGGACACAGUGCUGCCCUGAUGAUGGGCGAGUAAUUUUAAAGAUGUUGGAUUUGUUGCCCAACCAAGACUGUACUAUCCUGAAUGGUGCCAAGUUCCUUGACUGUUGUUGGUGA